GGCGGCAACAUGGCGGAGUGAGCGACGGCGGCUGUGGCGGCGGCGUUUUCUGGCUCCACAACAACAGCGGGGGCUGCGGGGCGAGCUUCCCGCUCUCCUUCGCGCUGUCCCCCCCACCUCCAGCCCACCGCCGCCGCCCGGAAGCUUCUCCCGGCGGCCCACAGCGCGCAAGCCCCCGGCCGGCUGCCGGUCUCGGCCGCUUUUGUGGCGCCGUGAGGGGAGAAGCGGUGGAGGAGCGGCUUCGGCUAACGGGGCAGCGGCGCCCAUAAUAAUCCCUCAUUAUAGAGGCGGGCGCGGGAGCGGCUUCUGGGACGGCCCUUCGGCGGCGGCGGCUCCGGUCCGCUCCCUGCGGCCCCGCCGGGCGCUGCUGCUGCUGCUGUUGCUGCGGUUGUGCCGCUGCGGUGGAUGCGCAGCUUCUCGGCCAGGGCGGAGCGCGGCGGCGGCGGCGGCGGCAGGUAGUGUUGGCAGCGGCCGGGGCUAGAUGGCGAACGAGAAGCCGGGGUCGGGGCCGGAGCCGCAGCCGGCGCGGCUCAUCCCUGUCGGGGCCAGCAGCGGCGGAGGAGGAGUUGGAGGCGCCGCGGGAGCAGCAGUAGCAUCAGCAGCACCACCGCCACCAGCACCGACGACGACGACGACGACGGGAGGAGGAGGUGGUGGAGGUGGCUCGGCGGCGGCCGUGAUGGGGGAGCUGCGGGCGUCGGGCUCCGGGUCCGUGGUGCUUCCCGCCGGCAUGAUCAACCCGUCCGUGCCUAUUCGCAACAUCCGCAUGAAAUUCGCCGUCUUGAUCGGACUCAUCCAAGUCGGCGAGGUCAGCAACCGGGACAUCGUGGAGACCGUGCUGAACCUGCUGGUUGGUGGAGAAUUCGAUCUAGAGAUGAACUUUAUAAUCCAAGACGCAGAAAGUAUAACAUGCAUGUCAGAACUUUUAGAACACUGUGAUGUAACAUGUCAAGCAGAAAUUUGGAGUAUGUUCACCGCCAUCCUCCGGAAAAGUGUCCGCAAUUUACAGACCAGCACAGAAGUCGGUUUAAUUGAGCAAGUGCUACUGAAGAUGAGUACUGUGGAUGAUAUGAUCGCAGAUCUUCUCGUAGACAUGUUGGGGGUACUUGCCAGCUACAGCAUCACUGUCAAGGAGUUGAAACUUUUGUUCAGCAUGCUUCGUGGUGAAAAUGGAAUAUGGCCUAGACAUGCAGUCAAGCUCUUGUCAGUCCUUAAUCAGAUGCCACAGAGACAUGGUCCUGACACUUUUUUCAACUUCCCAGGCUGCAGUGCUGCAGCAAUUGCAUUGCCUCCUAUUGCCAAGUGGCCUUAUCAAAAUGGGUUUACGCUUAACACUUGGUUUCGCAUGGAUCCAUUGAACAAUAUUAAUGUAGAUAAGGAUAAACCGUAUCUCUAUUGUUUUCGCACUAGCAAAGGCGUUGGAUAUUCUGCUCAUUUUGUUGGCAACUGCUUAAUAGUCACAUCAUUGAAGUCAAAAGGCAAAGGUUUUCAACACUGUGUGAAGUAUGAUUUUCAGCCACGAAAGUGGUACAUGAUUAGCAUUGUACACAUCUACAAUCGCUGGAGAAACAGUGAAAUUCGCUGUUAUGUUAAUGGUCAGCUUGUAUCCUAUGGUGACAUGGCUUGGCAUGUGAACACAAAUGAUAGCUAUGAUAAAUGUUUUCUGGGAUCAUCUGAAACUGCUGAUGCAAAUAGAGUGUUUUGUGGACAACUUGGAGCAGUCUAUGUAUUCACUGAAGCUCUCAACCCAGCACAGAUAUUUGCAAUACAUCAGUUAGGACCAGGAUAUAAGAGUACUUUCAAAUUUAAAUCUGAGAGUGAUAUCCAUCUUGCUGAGCACCACAAGCAGGUUCUAUAUGAUGGGAAACUUGCAAGCAGUAUUGCCUUCACUUACAACGCUAAGGCUACUGAUGCUCAGUUAUGCCUUGAAUCCUCACCAAAGGAAAAUCCUUCCAUUUUUGUACACUCCCCACAUGCUCUUAUGCUUCAGGAUGUAAAAGCAAUUGUGACGCAUUCGAUCCACAGUGCAAUUCAUUCAAUAGGAGGAAUCCAAGUUCUUUUCCCUCUCUUUGCUCAGUUAGACAAUCGGCAGUUACAUGAUAGUCAAGUGGAAACAACAGUCUGUGCUACCCUCUUGGCUUUCUUGGUGGAACUUCUUAAGAGUUCAGUUGCCAUGCAAGAACAAAUGCUGGGUGGAAAAGGAUUCCUAGUUAUCGGCUAUCUCCUUGAAAAGUCGUCCAGAGUUCAUAUAACAAGAGCUGUACUGGAACAGUUUUUAUCUUUUGCAAAAUAUUUGGAUGGCCUCUCACAUGGAGCACCUUUAUUAAAGCAAUUAUGUGAUCAUAUCCUUUUCAACCCUGCUAUUUGGAUACAUACUCCUGCAAAGGUUCAGCUCUCGCUGUAUACAUACUUGUCUGCUGAAUUCAUUGGCACUGCUACAAUCUACACUACGAUACGUAGAGUAGGAACAGUAUUACAGUUAAUGCACACACUGAAAUACUACUACUGGGUGGUUAAUCCUGCGGAUAGCAGUGGCAUUACUCCUAAAGGUUUGGAAGGUCCUCGGCCAUCACAGAAGGAAAUCAUAUCACUGCGUGCAUUCAUGCUUUUAUUUUUGAAACAGCUGAUUUUGAAGGAUCGAGGUGUCAAAGAAGAUGAACUACAAAGUAUAUUAAAUUAUUUGCUAACAAUGCAUGAGGAUGAAAACAUACAUGAUGUACUUCAGCUGCUAGUGGCAUUAAUGUCUGAACAUCCGGCAUCCAUGAUACCUGCCUUUGAUCAACGAAAUGGGAUACGAGUGAUUUAUAAAUUAUUGGCCUCAAAAAGCGAGAGCAUCUGGGUGCAGGCACUGAAGGUGCUAGGAUAUUUUCUCAAACACCUGGGUCAUAAGCGAAAAGUUGAAAUCAUGCAUACUCACAGUCUGUUCACACUUCUUGGAGAGAGAUUGAUGUUGCAUACGAAUACUGUGACCAUUACAACUUACAACACACUUUAUGAGAUUUUGACAGAACAAGUUUGUACACAAGUCGUUCAUAAACCACACCCGGAGCCUGAUUCUACAGUGAAAAUUCAGAAUCCAAUGAUUCUCAAGGUUGUGGCAACUUUAUUAAAGAAUUCAACUCCAAGUGCAGAACUAAUGGAAGUUCGCCGCUUGUUUUUAUCAGAUAUGAUAAAACUUUUCAGUAACAGCCGUGAAAAUAGGAGAUGUUUACUUCAGUGUUCAGUGUGGCAGGACUGGAUGUUCUCUCUGGGAUAUAUCAACCCAAAGAACUCUGAAGAGCAGAAAAUUACUGAGAUGGUGUACAACAUCUUCCGCAUUCUUUUGUACCAUGCAAUAAAGUAUGAGUGGGGAGGAUGGAGGGUCUGGGUUGAUACUCUUUCCAUAGCCCAUUCCAAGGUCACCUAUGAAGCUCACAAAGAGUACCUAGCAAAAAUGUAUGAGGAAUAUCAAAGACAAGAAGAGGAGAAUAUAAAGAAGGGGAAAAAGGGGAAUGUUAGCACUAUCUCAGGCCUUUCAUCUCAGACAACAGGAGCAAAAGGUGGAAUAGAAAUUCGUGAAAUUGAAGAUCUCUCACAAAGCCAAAGCCCAGAAAGUGAAACGGACUACCCUGUUGGUACAGAUACUAGGGAUUUACUUAUUGCAACAAAAGUAUCUGAUGAUGUGCUUGGAAGCUCAGAUAGACCAGGGGGUGGUGUGCAUGUAGAAGUUCACGAUCUAUUAGUUGACAUAAAAGCAGAAAAGGUAGAAGCCACAGAAGUAAAGCUGGACGAUAUGGAUUUAUCACCAGAGACUUUGGUAACCAGAGAGAAUGGUGCCCUUGUGGAAGUAGAAUCCUUAUUGGACAAUGUAUAUAGUGCUGCAGUUGAAAAACUUCAGAACAAUGUUCACGGAAGUGUAGGCAUAAUUAAGAAAAGUGAAGAGAAGGACAAUGGUCCCUUGAUAACACUAGCUGAUGAGAAAGAUGAACCUUCUAACAAUACCUCAUUUCUUUUUGAUAAAAUACCCGGCCAAGAGGAGAAAUUGCUCCCUGAACUGUCCAGCAAUCACAUUACUAUUGCAAAUAUGCAAGAGACUCAGAUGCACCUUGGUGUGAAUGAUGACCUUGGACUCCUCGCUCACAUGACUGGUAGUGCUGACAUAGCAUGUAGCUCAAGCAUAAUAGAAGAUAAAGAAUUCAAGAUUCAUACCUCUGUGGAUGCAAUGGGCACAAUUUCUGAGAGAGACCUGGCUUCAUCAUCCAAAGGAUUAGAAUAUGCAGAAAUGGUUGCUACAACUCUUGAGACUGAGUCUUCCAGUGGUAAAACUGUACCAAAUGUAGAUGCAGGGAGUAUUAUAUCAGAUACGGAAAGAUCUGAUGAUGGGAAAGAAGUGGGGAAGGAAAUAAGAAAAAUCCAAACCACCACUACAACCCAAGCUGUGCAAGGUCGAUCUAUUACACAACAGGAUAGAGACCUGCGGGUUGAUUUGGGAUUUCGGGGAAUGCCCAUGACAGAAGAACAGAGGCGACAGUUCAGUCCCGGUCCACGAACAACAAUGUUUCGUAUUCCAGAAUUUAAAUGGUCCCCAAUGCACCAGAGGCUACUUACUGAUUUGCUUUUUGCUUUAGAAACUGAUGUGCAUGUUUGGAGAAGCCAUUCCACAAAGUCUGUCAUGGAUUUUGUCAAUAGCAAUGAAAAUAUUAUUUUUGUACAUAACACUAUCCACCUCAUUUCCCAAAUGGUAGACAAUAUUAUCAUUGCUUGUGGAGGAAUUCUACCAUUGUUGUCUGCAGCAACAUCCCCAACUGGUUCUAAGACUGAAUUGGAGAACAUUGAAGUAACUCAGGGUAUGUCAGCAGAGACAGCAGUGACUUUCCUCAGCCGCCUGAUGGCUAUGGUUGAUGUACUAGUAUUUGCCAGCUCGCUAAAUUUUAGUGAAAUUGAAGCUGAAAAAAACAUGUCUUCUGGAGGCUUAAUGCGACAGUGCCUAAGGCUUGUUUGCUGUGUUGCCGUGCGAAACUGUUUGGAAUGUCGACAGAGACAGAGAGAAAGGGUAAAUAAAUCUUCACUAAUCAGCAGUAAAACUCAGGAGACUCUUCAGGGUAUAAGUGCAACUACUACCGCUAAGACUCCACUGGAAAAUGUUCCUGGUAACCUAUCACCUAUUAAAGAUCCCGAUAGACUUCUUCAAGAUGUAGAUAUUAAUCGUCUUCGAGCAGUUGUAUUUCGUGAUGUGGAUGAUAGCAAGCAGGCUCAGUUUUUAGCUUUGGCUGUUGUUUACUUCAUUUCUGUGUUGAUGGUCUCCAAGUAUCGGGACAUACUCGAACCUCAACGAGAAACUGCAAGGUCUGGAAUCCAGGCAGGUAGAAAUAUCAGGCAGGAAAUAAAUUCACCAACAAGUACAGUUGUGGUCAUACCAUCUAUCCCACACCCAAGUUUGAACCAUGGAUUCCUUGCCAAGUUAAUUCCUGAGCAGAGCUUUACCCACUCAUUUUACAAAGAGACUCCUGCUGUAUUUCCAGAUAAUAUAAAAGAAAAAGAAACUCCGACGCCAGUUGAAGAUAUUCAGCUGGAAAGCUCCAUUCCUCAUACUGAUUCUGGAAUUGGAGAGGAGCAAAUGCCCAGUAUCUUGAACGGGACAGACUUAGAAACAAGCACAGGUCCUGAUGCUAUGAGUGAACUAUUGUCUACUUUGUCUUCUGAGGUGAAGAAAUCUCAGGAAAGUUUAACAGAAAGCCCCAGUGAAAUUUUGAAACCUGCAUCCUCAAUAUCAAGUAUCAGCCAAAGCAAGGGCAUCAAUGUCAAGGAAAUAUUAAAAAGCCUGGUGGCAGCCCCUGUUGAAAUUGCAGAAUGUGGGCCUGAUCCUAUUCCGUACCCUGAUCCUGCACUAAAGAGAGAAGCUCAGCCUAUUCUCCCAAUGCAGUAUCACUCCUUUGACAGGAGUGUUGUAGUGCCAGUGAAAAAACCUCCUCCUGGAAGCCUAGCUGUGACCACAGUUGGAACUGCCACAGCUGGAGGUGGAGUCCCACCCAGUAGUACACCUAAUAUAUUUGCUGCUACAGGAGCUACACCAAAAAGUAUGAUUAAUACAACAGGUGCAGUGGAUUCAGGAUCGUCAUCGUCAUCGUCAUCCUCUAGUUUUGUGAAUGGUGCUACCAGUAAGAACCUACCUGCUGUUCAGACAGUUGCACCAAUGCCAGAGGAUUCAGCUGAAAACAUGAGGGUUUCACAAAUGCACCAAAAACUAUCCAGUUGUGAUGAGCUCCUAUAUUCAAGUAUCACUGCAAAGCUUGAGAGAGCUUUGGAAAAAGUGGCCCCACUCCUUCGGGAAAUCUUCGUGGAUUUUGCCCCUUUCCUGUCUCGUACUCUGCUGGGCAGUCACGGACAAGAGCUUCUAAUAGAAGGCCUUGUUUGCAUGAAGUCUAGCACCUCAGUGGUCGAGCUUGUUAUGCUUCUUUGUUCACAGGAAUGGCAGAAUUCUAUACAGAAGAAUGCAGGACUUGCUUUUAUUGAGCUCAUCAAUGAAGGAAGACUAUUGUGUCAUGCAAUGAAGGACCAUAUUGUACGUGUUGCAAAUGAGGCAGAGUUUAUCUUGAACAGGCAGAGAGCUGAAGAUGUACACAAACAUGCAGAAUUUGAGUCACAGUGUGCCCAAUAUGCUGCUGAUAGAAGGGAAGAGGAGAAGAUGUGUGACCAUCUUAUCAGUGCUGCCAAGCAUCGAGAUCAUGUUACUGCGAAUCAACUGAAACAGAAAAUACUGAAUAUCCUAACAAAUAAGCAUGGUGCUUGGGGAGCUGUCUCACAUAGCCAACUGCAUGAUUUCUGGCGCUUAGAUUAUUGGGAAGAUGAUCUGCGUCGACGGAGGCGGUUUGUUCGCAACGCCUUUGGCUCCACCCAUUCUGAUGCAUUGCUCAAAGCUGCUGCGGAAUAUGGCACUGAGGAAGAUGUAGUGAAGUCAAAGAAAACCUUCCGAAGCCAAGCUGUUGUCAAUCAGAAUGCUGAAACUGAGCUCAUGCUGGAAGGAGAUGAUGAUGCUGUCAGCUUGCUUCAAGAGAAGGAGAUUGACAAUCUUGCAGGCCCCGUGGUCCUCAGCACGCCGGCCCAGCUCAUCGCGCCGGUGGUGGUAGCCAAGGGCACCCUCUCCAUCACCACCACCGAGAUCUACUUCGAGGUAGACGAGGAGGACCCGGCCUUCAAAAAGAUCGACCCUAAAGUUCUUGCUUAUACAGAAGGCCUUCAUGGAAAAUGGAUGUUCAGCGAAAUUCGAGCUGUUUUCUCAAGACGUUACCUUCUUCAGAAUACAGCCUUGGAGGUGUUCAUGGCAAACAGAACUUCCGUAAUGUUCAAUUUUCCUGACCAAGCAACAGUCAAAAAAGUUGUGUACAGUUUACCUCGUGUUGGAGUAGGAACCAGCUAUGGCUUGCCACAAGCUAGACGAAUUUCUCUGGCCACUCCCCGUCAACUAUAUAAAUCUUCCAAUAUGACUCAGCGUUGGCAACGAAGGGAGAUUUCAAACUUUGAGUAUUUGAUGUUUCUCAAUACUAUAGCAGGACGUACAUAUAAUGAUCUAAACCAAUACCCUGUAUUUCCAUGGGUAUUAACAAAUUAUGAAUCAGAGGAGUUGGAUCUAACCUUGCCAGGAAACUUCAGAGAUCUUUCAAAGCCCAUCGGUGCUUUGAAUCCAAAGAGAGCAGUCUUUUAUGCAGAGCGCUAUGAGACAUGGGAAGAUGACCAGACUCCACCUUAUCAUUAUAACACUCAUUAUUCAACAUCUACUUGUACCUUAUGCUGGCUCGUUCGCAUUGAACCCUUUACAACAUUCUUCCUCAAUGCAAAUGAUGGAAAAUUUGAUCACCCAGAUCGAACCUUUUCUUCAGUGGCAAGAUCUUGGAGAACUAGCCAAAGAGACACUUCAGAUGUGAAGGAGUUAAUUCCAGAGUUCUACUACCUACCAGAAAUGUUUGUCAACAGUAACGGAUAUAACCUUGGAGUGAGAGAAGAUGAAGUUGUUGUGAAUGAUGUUGAGCUUCCCCCUUGGGCAAAGAAGCCCGAAGACUUUGUGCGCAUCAAUAGGAUGGCUUUGGAAAGUGAAUUUGUAUCCUGUCAGCUUCAUCAGUGGAUUGAUCUUAUAUUUGGCUACAAGCAACGAGGACCAGAAGCAGUACGAGCACUUAAUGUUUUCCACUACCUGACAUAUGAAGGUUCUGUAAACCUUGACAGCAUCACUGAUCCAGUGCUCAGGGAGGCCAUGGAGGCACAGAUACAGAACUUUGGACAGACGCCAUCUCAGUUGCUUAUUGAGCCACAUCCGCCUCGGAGCUCUGCCAUGCACCUGUGUUUCCUUCCACAGAGUCCACUUAUGUUUAAAGAUCAGAUGCAGCAGGAUGUAAUAAUGGUUCUCAAAUUUCCAUCAAAUUCUCCUGUCACACAUGUGGCAGCCAACACGCUUCCGCAUCUUACUAUUCCUGCCGUGGUAACUGUGACUUGCAGCCGACUUUUUGCAGUGAAUAGAUGGCACAACACAGUAGGCCUCAGGGGAGCCCCAGGAUAUUCUUUGGAUCAAGCUCAUCAUCUUCCCAUUGAAAUGGACCCAUUGAUUGCUAAUAACUCUGGUGUGAACAAACGGCAGAUCACAGAUCUUGUGGAUCAAAGCAUUCAGAUCAAUGCUCAUUGUUUUGUGGUCACAGCCGAUAAUCGCUACAUUCUUAUCUGUGGUUUCUGGGACAAGAGCUUUCGAGUUUAUUCCACAGAAACAGGCAAGCUAACUCAGAUUGUGUUUGGCCACUGGGAUGUAGUCACUUGCCUUGCAAGAUCAGAAUCUUAUAUCGGCGGAGACUGUUACAUAGUCUCUGGCUCUCGUGAUGCUACAUUACUGCUGUGGUACUGGAGUGGCCGACAUCAUAUCAUUGGUGACAAUCCAAAUAGCAGUGAUUAUCCUGCUCCCAGAGCCGUUCUGACUGGUCACGAUCACGAAGUUGUCUGCGUAUCAGUGUGUGCCGAACUGGGACUUGUCAUAAGUGGUGCUAAAGAAGGACCUUGCCUGGUGCACACAAUUACUGGAGAUUUGCUGAGAGCACUUGAAGGAACAGAAAACUGCUUGUAUCCUCGCCUGAUUUCAGUAUCUAGUGAAGGCCACUGUAUCAUCUACUAUGAACGAGGCAGGUUCAGCAAUUUCAGCAUUAAUGGAAAACUCUUGGCACAGAUGGAAGUAAACGACUCAACCAGGGCUAUCCUCCUGAGCAGCGAUGGGCAGAACCUGGUUACGGGUGGUGAUAAUGGAGUCGUGGAAGUAUGGCAGGCUUGUGACUUCAAGCAGCUCUACAUUUACCCUGGCUGUGAUGCUGGCAUUAGGGCAAUGGACCUGUCUCAUGAUCAGAGGACUCUAAUUACUGGCAUGGCUUCUGGUAGCAUUGUAGCUUUUAAUAUAGAUUUUAAUCGGUGGCAUUAUGAGCAUCAGAAUAGAUAUUGAACCGGAGUGAAGAACUGAAAGCAAAGGCGAAAUUGAGAGCACAAGUGCUACUGAAAGGCAUAAUCUCUGGUGGAAAAACAAGUCUGCAUCAACCUCCGUUGUACAUUCCAUUACACCCAGCAAUAGCUGUCCAUUGUAGUCAGCAACCAUUUUACUUUGUGUGUUUUUUCACAACCGAACACCAGCUGCUGCAGAAAUGAGCUUGUAUCAUGUAAAUUAUAAUGACUUAGGAGAUGUUUUGGUAAUUAUUUCAUAUACCUUUGUUUACUGAGAAAAGCUAGUAGAGAACACGUCACAAGAGACUUUUGAAUAUUCUGAGGAAACUUGUGUCCGGUUGUUACAAUGUUUGGAGCCAUGAACCUAGCAUACAUUUCCCAUUUCCAGCCUCUUUUCAAGCUGAAAAUAAUAAUUAAAAGGAUUUAAAAAAAACUACGUUUGAUACUUUGUACAUCAGAUGCACAUCUUAACUUUAAAGGGAUACUUUUGUAAAAGUAAAACCUUGUAUAAAGAACAAAAAAAAUGUUUCUUAACUUUAUUGUGGAGUUACAACUUGCAUGUACUUUAAACCUGAAUGUCUUGGUGAAACGGCGACAUUCACAGGUUGAAGUGAACUGCCUAAGGGCCCAGCUUGCAUUUAAGGGUUGAAAUGGGGCACAAGCCGCAGUUUUGUCAUUGCCACUGAAAUAUGGUUUGCUCUUUUCAAUCUCAAGCCACCCCCCUUCUAAGUGGAGUUUUUGCUUAUGACAUGAAGCAUUUGGAUGUGAAGCCAUUGUUUGCCAUAUUUAUGCGUUGUAAGAGGAAGAGAAAAUCCUUCCUUUAUUAAUUUAGUACCGCGAUAGAAAGGCAGGAGCACGGAAGAGAGAUGAGGAUGCUUGCGUGCUUAAUGACUCCCACCAAAGCAAGAGUGCUAGACUUCUAGAUUCAUCACAUUUGGCAUACUGUACAUUGCAGGGAGAGAGCAAUUAAGAUUUUCUCUUCAUUUCCUUGGAAAUAAAGCUUGGUUAAAAAGGACCUUAGCUUCAUUGGGGUUGUUCUUUUACAUUCUUCUGAAAGUCACGCGUUAAGCCACAUUCUCUGUUGACGGCACUUCAUGUCUGACAAUACUGUAACGAUGACUAUCAGGAUAAUUUGCCGCACAUUCUACGGAUCAAGUAACACACCCAGGGGUAUAUACACUUUACUUCAUGUUUCUUCUUUGUAUAUUUGGUGACUGUAUUGUCAUAGAUGUACAUAUUGUGUCGGUAGGGCUAUGAGGCAUGUAACAGGAAUGUAAUUUUCUCAGACUUUACACUCACUUGCAGUCAUUUAUUUAAAAAAGAUAAAAACAAGGUAACGGAUUCUUUGUACUGGCACCAGAAACAUAUCAUUAUUUAUUGAUGUGAUUCUUAUUUGUUCUCCACCUUGUAUUAGUAAGUUUUAGCACUAAAUACCUUCUUCAUUGUUGUUUGUAUUUAUAAAAUUCUGAAAUCAUGGGGAAUCAAUGUAAUGAUUAAGUUAUUCAUCAUUGGUCUGUAAGCAAUAUCUUGAGUUUUUAGCUUAGAAUUGGGAGAAUAUUGAACAUCUGGAAGAUAAGUUCAUUUCAUCUCAAGAUCAUGGUGAAAUAUUUUGGAUAUAUAAAUUCCUUAAGCUAUUGUAACCAUGUUUUAUUGCAAAGAUGUAAAAUAUGCCAGAUGUGUGUGAGUUGGAAAUCAAAAAGAAAAAUAAAAUAUGCAAAGAAUUCAUGGAUUGCUUCUCUUUUUAUUGAACAUUUGACCCAAAUGUCAUGAUGCUAGUGGAAAAGGAAAUUCUAAUUUUUAGUCAGAUGCAGUGCCUGCAAAAUUAACUCAGAAAGAUGCAAU